CAACCACAACAUCAACUCUGCCUCAGUAUAUCAAAAUUUUGACUUUUUUUUUUUAUCAUAUAUUACGUUAAGGAAGCUGUAAGUCAGCCACAAGUAACCAGAAGACAUGUUUGCUGUCAUCUAUAUCUAAAACUCUUCAUCAUGGCGCAUAAAUUUCGGUCAUUGAUAUCAAAUAAGAUUAUACAGGCCUUGAGUGGUUUUCCGAUUGGAGGUAGAGGUCUGAAACCAGCGUUGCUUAUUCCUUGUGUUCAGUUUGAUCCGAAGACUGGUCCAGAGCCUGAGUUUCAAGUAUCCUUAAGGGCUCUUCAGAGACAAGGCCUUAUAAGCACAAGUGGUUUAAGUGAUCAGAAGGACUUGAUCCACUAUGGGUCAGCAUUAGUACAGAAAUUUGACACAGAUCCCACAAUCCCAGGUGUCCACCUUGUUCAAGACAAUAAAGAUGUGAGAUUAAACUUCAAAGUAAACUACAGCCAGCUAGCAUCAGAAGUGGUGAGGAUAACCACACACAAACCUGCCUCCUUUUGGCAAUGCAGUGCAUUAGUGACACUCUUGCCACAUCAAAAUGUGGUUGUAGAGUACAGCUCACCCAAUAUUGCCAAGCCGUUUCAUGUUGGCCACCUUCGAUCUACCAUUAUUGGAAACUUCAUUGCUAACCUUCACGUCGCUCUUGGCCACAAUGUCACUCGCAUCAACUACCUGGGUGACUGGGGUACGCAGUUUGGGAUCCUGAAAUAUGGGUAUGAUGCAAGGAACAUGACUGAGAAGGAUUUAGAAGAUGAUGCUAUCAAAAAACUCUAUGAAGUGUACGUCUGGGCAAACCAGAAAGCAGAAUUGGAUCCCAGUGUAAGCAGUAAAGCUCGGGAAAUAUUUAACGAGAUGGAACAGGGAAACAUCAGUGAACUAAAAGCUUGGGAGGUAUUUAGAAAUGUGUCCAUUAAGGAUCUGAAAAGAAUGUAUGCUCGUCUGAAUGUAAACUUUGAUGAAUUUCAUGGAGAAAGUAUGUAUAAUGCUCAGAAAUGUCAAGAGGUGUUAAAUUUAAUGGAAGAGAAAGGUCUGUUAGAAGCAUUAGAUGAUGGAAGGAAAGUGUAUGAAGUAAAUCCAAAACGAAGAGUGACUGUAGUUAAAAGUGAUGGAUCAAGUAUAUACCUCUCCAGAGACAUUGCUGGUGCCAUAGACAGGCAAGAAAAAUAUAAGUUUACAAAAAUGUAUUAUGUAGUUGAUAAUUCACAAACAGAUCAUUUUGUUGCCUUAUUCAGUAUUUUGAGAAAGUUAGGCUUUGAAUGGGCUGACAGCAUGAUGCAUGUCAAAUUUGGACGGAUUCAAGGAAUGAGUACACGCAAAGGCACGGCUAUCUUCCUGCAGGACAUCCUUGAUGAAGCACAAGAAAUCAUGCUGCAGAAGCAACAGGAGACACAUACUACGAGAGAUGAUGUGAGACUCAGUGGAGCAGAAACAGCAGACAGAGUAGCAACAUCGUGUAUAUUAAUUGCGGAUUUGAAGCAGCGGCGCCAGAGAGAUUAUGUGUUCUCUUGGGACAAAGCACUGCAGAGCCGAGGGGAUACAGGGGUUAAACUGCAGUAUGUUCACUGUCGUCUUGCAAGUCUGGAAAAAAACUGUGGCAUAGAGUUCAACUCUCAGGCAAACACUAGUUUUCUUCGAGAAGAAUCUGCACUUUCUCUCAUACAGGAUAUUGCAAGGUUCGAUGAAAUUUUGGUUAACAGCUACCAGGAACUGGAGCCAUGCAUACUUGUCAACUAUUUGUUUAAGCUUUGUGGGAACAUCAACAUGUCCUUGAAACACAUGCAAGUUAAAGGAGCUCCACUUGAAGUUGCUGAAGCCAGACUCUCACUGUUCAUGGCAGCACGAUAUACACUCGCUGCUGGUAUGAAUAUUCUGGGUGUCAAACCUCUUGACCAGAUGUGAAGUUAUUUCCUCAUAAUUAAUAUUUCCAUUAUAUUUUACAGCUUUAAUGAUUGUACGAUCUCCUACCUAAGUGUUUUCACGCUUCAUAUGGGUUAGAGGUAGGAGACCCAAUACAUGAAGUCUCACAUUUGCAAACCCUUCCAGUUGACAAAUCUGUGCUUACACUUGAGGCAAUUUACUGCCAAGUCGCAGUAUGAACAUAUGCAACUUAACCAUCCUUUUUACUAUACAGGUGCUUCUCAACUUAUGAUAGUUCGACUUGCGAUAUUUCAACUGUAUGAUGGUGCAAAAGCAAUUACUAAGGAGAUGAAACUUAAGAUAAUCAUCCCGCAUGAAGGCGGCAAGUCCGUAACUUGUUUACUUAUUCAGUGACAGUUCAUCAGAACAAAACCCCAUCGUAAGUUAAGGAGCACCUGUAAUUUUCUAUGCGAAUAGCUCGUCUGUAAAUCAAAAAGCAAUAAAUGAAAAAUUGUUUGCAAGUUUGAGCCACUAAACAUGCCAGUACCGUCCUCUUAGUGAUGUGUUGGUAGGAGAAUUUAGUGUCUUAAUACUGAGAUAAUUCACACAAGAAAUAAUACCCUCUUCAUGAUGAAAGGUAUUAAGACUCUUCAAUAACUGUUAUAUAAUAGAAAAAAUAUGCAUAAUAGUUUGAGGUUUAGAGGGAAGGUCUGAAUGUUUUCAUUAGUAGGAGCCUGAGCAUCCAGCAAGCAUGGGUGAGUGAGAGAUAGUGGUUUUAGGGACAUGACAUGUUGUUGGAGUGUAAGUUAACAAUUAUGAAGGUGGGAAGUACAGUGCCUGUACUCUAAAGGAGGGGGUGGAGAUAUUACAGUUCUAAGGGUCAUUUGAACUGUGAUGUCUGUGCAUGUCUGGCAAGAUAGUUAUUGAAUGAAUGAUGGUGAUUGUUAUCCCUUGUAGGCCACCCCUACUUUGGUGGCAAACAGCCAUGUAGUAAAAGCUAAAUAUAGUUUUAGGCUCUGAAAAGUAUAUCAUUCAUUAAUUUAAACUAUUUUAAAGCAAAUUCUGAAUUAUCAUUUGUCAUGUUCCUUCAAGGAAAGAGGGUGUACCUUGAUGCCCAUGAAGGGCCCUUGAUCCAAGGAAGUUGAGUUUAUCCUCACUGUCCUCUGCUCAGACUUGAUGUCCACACAUUUCCUUGGUGCUGUAUAAGCUAUAGGUUCAGUCUUUUCCCAUGAAUAUAAUAAUAAUGUGCCAUUAUGUUUGACCUGGUUGGUUUUAACAGUACUUAUAAAGAGGUCGAAGUUCUUUAAGCAAUAAAAUGAAACCUGUUAA